CAGCGCGCGCCAGAGGUAUGAAAUUUAAGAACUCCGCCCAGCCACUCGUGUUGUCAUUUGGGUCGGUGUUGUCUGUGCGGUAGGACAGUCUCGCAGGGCUCUGUCCAGCAGAAAGGUCCACCCUGACCUGUACCGUUGAAGGGACAAGAUCGGCGACCUAAGGUCUCCGUCCUUUUAGCCAACAGAGUCGGCCGUGAUGGGUUCAAAUGGCAGUCCUUCCCAAAUUGCAGAGGGCACUGAGCAAGUCGAGGAUCGACAGAAGACAGUCAACAAGCCGCCGCAAUUGCAAGAUGUCCUGCGCCACGCGUGUCCAUCGUCCAGCAAAGCUCGCCUUCUGUCUACCUUCAAGAACAUCCUUGAGCGCGAGAACUGCGACUUCAUGUGGGUUACCAAGGAGUGGCGGCCGCAGCCUGUGACGCAGCACUCUCGGACGCGAUCCACGGCCCAAAUCCGCCAGGACGUCUUUGCCAGUCCCAAAAUGCAGCACACCGUCGAAGAGCUGAGCCAGCAGAAUGGAGUUCCAAAGGAAGCGCUAUGGCAAGAGCUCAACGAAAUUCUCGUCGAAAUGGGCCACACGCAAACCAUGCCCGUAGUGCGAUGGUUUGGCUACGUCCUCUCCAAGAUCAUGAGAAAAAUCUACAACGGGGUGUACGUCAAUGAAGAGAGCAUCACCAGACUCCGAGCAAGAGUCGGAAACAACCCUGUAAUUUUUAUGCCCAGUCAUCGGAGUUAUGCUGACUUCCUCCUCAUGUCUUACGUCUGCUUUAAUUACAACAUUAUGCUGCCAGUGAUUGCGGCAGGAAUGGAUUUUGUCGCAAUGUGGGGCGUCGGACGACUGCUUCGAGACUCAGGCGCUUUUUUCAUCAGACGUUCUUUCGGGAAUGACAAGCUCUACUGGGCAGCAUUCAGCGAAUACGUUCAAACUCUGAUCACCGCCGGGGAAAACCCUAUCGAGUUUUUCGUUGAGGGUACGAGGAGCAGAACGGCCAAGUCGCUCUGCCCCAAACUCGGUCUUCUCUCAGUUGCCUUGGAGCCGUAUUUCACUGGUCAAGUUUCAGACAUAUUGGUGGUGCCUAUCAACAUUAGUUACGACCGAACUUUAGAGGAAACUUUGUAUUCAUAUGAACUUUUGGGAGUCCCUAAGCCAAAAGAGUCUACCUCGGGGCUAUUUAAAGCACUGAAUGUUCUGGAUGAGCAGUACGGUCGAAUUCACAUUGAUUUCACGGAGCCCAUCUCAGCAAACAAUUUUUUCGGUGAUCUUCGCUCUCCAAAACUUCUUCGACCUCUCCACUUGCCGCACCAAAUCACUGCUGGCGAGUCUUCCCGAAUUAUUUGGCUAGCAAAUCAUGUUGUGCGGCAGCAACAGAAGCAUGCUGUGAUUUCCCUAUUUUCUUUAGCCGCUGUUGUCAUAACACAUCAUAGCCUCACUAAGCCAAGAAACCAAUUGCUCAAGGUGCAAGAGCUGACCAAAGAGGUUGCCUUGCUCAAAUCUACAGUGGAAUCUCUCGGUGGACUUCUAGAUUGCAGAGAAAACUUGGAUGUGUCUUUGAGAGAAGCUCUUCAGAUCCACAAGUCAUUGGUGCACUUGUCGGAGGAUGGUGUGGUGCGUUUAAAAAAUGUAGCCACUCAAGCUGCCGUAGCCGUAGACCCAACCAAACUCAAAGGGCACAAUUUACAAGACAAAACUCUGCAAGUGGGUGUUCCCAUGGUCAUGUUGCAGCAUUACAUAAAUCAAACUCUUCACCUCUUCAUUUGUCCAGCUAUGAUAUGCGUUGCUGUCGAGCAUUCAAUCAAGCAAGGAAGUGGACUAAAAGAUGACAUUUUUGCCAAAUAUCAAUUCUUGAGAAAACUUCUCUCACACGAGUUUAUUCUUCAUUCAGCUUGGGAGGAAAUGGACUUCGAGGAAUCAGUGUUUCAGCUGAAGGCAUUGCAAGUGCUGGACGAGAGUCUUCGAGAGCCACAGAAACUUUGUUUAGGUCAAAACACCAAAUUGUUCCAAAUUAUCAGCCACCUUCUCCUUCCGUUCCUUUCUGGCUACUCCAAUACUUGCAAAGUUUUGUUGGAGACACCAGCAGGGAAGAGGGUGAAUCUCAACGACACUCUCAAAUUGGCCCAGGAGAGGAUAGAAAAAUUGCUGCUGAAUUCACACUUGAACCACCAUUACUCUUUAUCUCUGGACCUCCUCACGGCUGCAGUCAGCUCCCUCUCAGCAAUGGGAUCUCUCUCAAAACACAAAGAAAAUGGAAAAGUUUCAUAUUCAGUAAACGAGAGUCGUCUAAUCCAGGUUUCGCAAGUACUCGAAGAUUUCUUCCAAAUGGUGGCCCACAGUGUCCGAAACCCACAAGAGGAGAUGGCUCGGCAACUUGUCACUCGGGAAAAAGCAAGAUUAUGAAGGUGGCCUCUGUUAGGCUAUGUUGAUUCCAUGCUAGUCCACUGCCAUGUAUUGUUUCUUAACAUAGACUUAAUUUCUCACAGAUAUAACAAACGAACAAUAUUUUUGUACUGAUUGCUGGAUAAGUAGCAGCUAACAAAGUUUGUUCAGUCAAAAUUGUGUCUGUUAACAUUCCUUUUCUGUACUGUAAUCUCCGCAUAUUGAAUGCUUUUGCCAAUAUUAGAAAGCUAAAAACUGUUAAAAGGUUGUGAUGAUUUUGGUAUAAUCUUCUAAAUUGUAAAAUUUAAAAAUUUAUGAGUUUUGAUUCAUCUGAUGUGAUAGCAUAAUAUGCAAUUAAAAAACUUCAUAAG